UCAUAUUUAGCUUGUUGCUAAUGAUAGUAAGGAAUGAUGUCCUUCCUUGUUUUUUCGUCGGUUGUGUUUCUGCAGUAUACUAUUUACAUUUAAACUGAUAUUCGUCUACUAGAAUAAACCUUACCAGUAACACAAAAAGUGAGCCAAGAUGUGAUGAUACAAUUCAUCUAAGAGCUGAAGAGAAAGGCAACUGAAAUCAGAGUGUUGGGGGGGGGGGACAUUUUAGUAUUAAAAAAACUUACCUGUGUGAAAGCUUGUGCAUCCCAACAGUUUGAGUGAAUUAUUGUAUAAAUUGCUGUGAGAAGUAGAUCACAAAGGAAGAAUGGAGGAAACAGGACUUUCAAAAAGAGAUUUCAGCCAGCUGUUGCUGGAUUUUUCAAGUUGGUAUGAUGGACUUGGAUACAUCAAUAUGCUAAAAGUUUUGUACAACAAUAGAGAUCACGUGCCAAUUUAUAAUAAGUUAAAUGAGGCUACUAAGGUGAUGCCCUUGCUAAGUAUGUUAAUUGGUUCUGGGAGUUUGAGUCUAACAAAUCUCACUAUCCUUUAUGACACAUUAAAAGCUACUGGACAAUUUGGCUUCAAAUCUAGAAUUGUACUUUCAACUUUACAAACAAUCAAGGAACAUGAAGUGUCUAAAUUCUCAUGGUACAGACAGUUCCUCUUGAAGCUAGGAAUGACACUAACUGAUGAUGAUAUAGUAGUGCUUGAUUUACGAUAUAACAUGCCAGUGUUAAAGAAUUAUAAAGAUAGCUGGCAUUUGAUUCUGGAUCUAGAGCAAAGGAAUGAGCUUUGUGAAGAAAAAAUUGAUGAUUUCAUUGAAGGAUUACCAAGUGACAAAGCUCUGAAAGCUUUACUGGAACUUGAAGUGUACAAGAGAGCAGUCAGUAAGCAAGAGGGUGAAACAUACACAUCUUACUACAACCGUUUGAAAGAGAAUAUUAGACAGUCAAACAUGCAUAUAAGAAAGGAAGUUAGUGGUGAUGGGAACUGUUUUUUAUACUGCAUCCAAGAUCAAUUUGAGAGGCUGGGUUUACCAAAUCGAUCUAGUGCACAACUCAGGGCUGAUUUAGUGGACUACUUGCGACAUUUGGAUAAAGAAGAUCCAUUGAUCGCCCUUACAGAUGACAAAUAUCUAGAUGAAUUGAGUAAAGAUGGUACUUUUGUUGACGAGACAGCCAUACGAGGGAUAUCACGAAUAUUAAAUCACAACUUUCAAAUAGUGACCAGUCAAAGAAAAAGCACAGAGCAGGGCUACAUGGUCACAAAAAUUCAGGAAAGUUCAAACCCAGAUGGUGUAAUGUUAUUUGGUCAAAUUGGAGAGCUACACUAUAUAAGCUUAGGUGAUGAAGUUGGAUCACAAGUAUCAGCAAGGCAAAACUUAGAUUGCCCAAGUAAGCAAGAUUUAAUUAUCAAAGAAUUUCUGACAAGAAACCUGAAGCAAUUGUAUCAGGAUGUUAAUCAAAUGACACCAGCAAUCUGGCAUAGACAUCAUAGAGUAAAUAUUGCUGAAGUAUUCACACAACUCAUCUUACUGGAAUCCAACAGGAAAGACAAAGAAGAACCAAAUGAAGACAAAUCAACAUGUAUAAGAAAGGAAGGUAGACCCACAUCUUUAACAGAGGUAUUAGGUAUCAUUAAAUUAAAGGAUUCAUGUAAGGUAUUAAUAACAGGAGAAGGAGGGAUGGGCAAGUCUACACUUCUGAAAUAUAUUACUUUUAAAUGGGCUACUGAUGAUGUACAUGCCUUUGCUGGUAAAUUACUGUUUUUGAUCAAUAUUGGGGACAUUAAAGCAAGUACAGAUAUGUUGGAAAUAAUUACAAAAAACAUAGCUACGAAAGAAUUAAUUCUUCGGCACAACUUGCCAACUAAUUCAGUUGAAAGAUUCCUGAUCAACAAUGCUGAUGAUAUAGUUAUUUUGUUAGAUGGAUAUGAUGAGUUACACAGAGAUGCUAAGGACCCUAUAUAUCUGUUCAAAGGAUGUGAAUUAGAAAAAAGCACUGUGGUGGUAACAUCCCGACCUGACUACACAAUUGAUUUGGUUAAAUGUUGUACUAUACAUAUUGAAGUGAAGGGAUUCAGUAAAAGAAACAUAAAGGAAUAUGUUCAUGAUCAUUUUCAUUCAAUCAACAAAUGUGAGUUGGGGGAAUUAUUAAUGAAGGAGUUCAAUCUUGUGUCAGAGGAUGAAUGUGAUUGGGGUGGUGAUCAUAAAGAGGCAUUUGAAUUGUGCUCUUCCCCACUGUUACUGCUUAUGAUUUGUACCAUAUGGGAACAAAAACAACAUCUUCCAAAAGACUUGUCAGAUCUUUUCAUCGAACUGAUUUGUUGCAUUUUAAGUCAAUAUAAACGCAAGAGGGAUGAUAAAAUUGCAAUUUUCCAAAUUGAGAGAGUUCCAGAGCAGUAUAGACUUGCCAUUCUACUAUUAGGAGAAUGUAUGUAUGAAGGCCUAAAGGAAAAUAAAUUGUCUAUUGACAAACAUGUUUUAUCAAAUAUGACGAAAAAUAUGGAUUCUGUAGAUUUAGCAUUUAAACUUGGAUUUGUUUAUGAAGAUAGCCCUUUUUACCCUGGUGAUGUGAGGGAGAUGUACACACCUCCACACAAAUUAAUUUCAGAGGCACUAGCAGGUUUUUAUUUGUCGAAUCAAAUUGAGAAAGAACAUUUGAAAUCUGAUGAAUAUGAGGUGAUAAGAUCUAAUAAAUAUUUAAAUAUGACAAGAGUGUUUACAAUAGGAUUUCUAGGUGCUAAAGCUGGUGGAUUGCUUAAACACUGGUUAGUAAUCAGGGCUUCACAUUUUUGCUCAAUAGCACAAUGUUUCACACAUAUAAAGGAGGCAAAUGAAGAAGCUGUGCUACAGGAAUUGGAUAAAAACAUGUCCACUGAAAUGAAAUCCUACUGUAAGCAAAUGCGUGAGACAUACAGAAGUGUCCUUAAGGAUGAUAAAAGCGUAGUAAGUGAGCAUUUAUAUAAACUUAUGAACAUAUGUUGCACUAUAUAUGAGGGAAAACUGGUGGAGAAAUUUAUAUCGCUGUUAGAUGCAUCUAGUGAAGAGACUUUCAGAACAUCAUGCAGAAGUUUGGUACAUAUCUUAGUUAUUGUAGGAGGACUAAAUUUAGGAUACUUCAGGUUGAGUACUAAAAACCGUUUAUUUGAAUAUAUAUCAAAUUGGAAAAGUGAAAAACUUAAUGUCCUUUCUGCUGAGAUGAAAUACCUCAAAUUGAACUAUGGUUACACUGGUGUCUAUUUAAAGCAUGUAUUUAAUUCAUCAUUCUUGAUUCAUUUGCUGACGUAUUCAAGUAACCUCUCUAAAUUAUAUAUCACUUCGGGUAAGCUUACUGGGUCUGUACUCAGUGUAGUUAUCAUUGAGUUACACAAAACUAAUGUAAAGUUGAAGUUAAAAGAACUUUGUAUUUUUCGCAGUGAUCUACAUAACAUCAAUGGAACAUUACUAGGAAAACUAUUUGAAAUAGCUCCUGAUCUAAAUGUGCUAAAUUUAAGCAGUUGUAGUUUAUCAGGUGAUAUUGUGAGGGCAAUGAUUACAGAAUGUCAGUACGGUGGAGUUUCUUUAGGUGGAUGCAAUCUUAUUAUUAACAAUAAUAACAUUGAUGAUGCAUUAUUGGGCAAUUUACUUAAAGUGUUUCCUAAUAUAUCUGGUCUUUAUAUAGCUUCAUGUGGGCUAUCGAAGGCAAGUUUUAAUAAAAUGAUCAAUGGGUUUCAUGGAAUUGAAUUACGUGUACUCGAUUUCAGCCGAAAUUUUUUAGGAAAUUUAGAUGGAAAAACGUUUGGAACCUUAUUGAAAAUGCUUCCCAAACUUUGUUAUUUUAACAUGAGUUGUUGCAGUUUAUCAGGCAGUAUUGUUAAUGAAAUGAUGGAGGAAUGUGGUAGGAUGAAUGUAGUAUUGAAAGACAACUUGCUUCAACUGGAGGACAAUGACCUUUCAGAUAUUGAUGGUAAGUCACUUGCAGAGUUAAUCAAAGCUUUUUUCCUUGAUCUUGAAGGUAUUUUCAAUUGGCGUAAUCAUUGUCUUACAGCUGAUAACCUACAAAAUCUGAUUGAAUCAGUAAGUGUUGUAAAUAAAACAUUGACUUGGCAUUGGAUAGAUUUGAGUAAUAUUAACCUGUCUUCGAUCAGUGGUAAAACAUUAGCUUGCCUUGUUAAGAUCUCUCCAGACCUGAUCCAUAUUAACAUCAGUUAUUGCAGUUUAUCAGGCACUGAUAACCUACAAAAUCUGAUUGAAUCAGGCAAUGACCUUUCAGAUAUUGAUGGUAAGUCACUUGCAGAGUUCAUCAGGGCAUACGCGGUACCUUUUUUCCUUGGUCAUAAAGGUACUUUCCAAUGGAGUGAUUAUUCUCUUACAGCUGAUAACCUACAAAAUCUGAUUGAAUCA